GUGAUAAUAGUGACCAAAAGAGUAGGUUUCGGAUGUCCAAGAGGGCACCGUAAGGCUGGUAUGAAAGGACCUUGUCCAAUGCUAUAAUGCUACUCCCUGCUCUGGUACGUCCAGUUUUUCCUCGCUUUCUCAUGUUUUCGUUGCGAUACUCAUGAGCGGUGAAUCUAUUCCGUCUUUUUGUGAUUUCCUGUCUGAUGUUCGCAUUCAUUAUCUCCUGGCACGAGAACCCUCCUCCUCCUCUCCGAUGCUUCCCAUUGGUAACAUAACGCAGUGAUCAGGGGAUAAUAUAAUUCAUGUUACGCCACAGCCCUUGCUCUUCACAUUUUCAGUUCCACGGGAAUGAGCUCCGUAGAACGGUAUGCAGUGUUUUCUUAAGUAGUUAAUUUGGUCUUUGACACGCAUAUUGUUGAUUUCUUAGACGGCCGGGCAACCAUUUCAGGGAUUCUGUGCUGACACUGGGGAAAUAGACAGCUUCGAAUGAUGGGUCCGAUACGGCGGAACAAUGCAAACACAUUGGAUAACUUCUUCUCCACAGAGGCAGCGAAAGCGAGUAGGGUCCCGCAUCAAGGUCUCACGGCACACGAGCACGAUGAUGACCAAACAGGCAUCUUCAUUGAACAAGUGUCGUAUUACUUUCUGACGCUCGCUGAACCCGUUGGUCGCAUUGCUUCGAUGUCAGUGACGCCCAAGGCCUCGCACAAGUCGACAUAAUAUACGCGCAUAAAGACACAAGUCCUGAUAUUUUCAACGUAUCCGCCGAUUCAGGUGCUCAAGGCAUGCUCUGGGGCGGUGCAGGCGGCAUUGAUCGGCGAGGCAGUAUACAUUGCGAUAGGCAUACCUUUCGAGUGAUCCUCCUUCUGGCGGAUUUCUGCCCAACAAGAAUGGUAGUUGGGCGAUAGUUUACAAUCCCCAGAAGUCGAGGAUACUCGUACAAGUUGCGAUUACUAAGGGCGACGUUGAGAAUGAUACCCGGAGGGAUGAGAUACGGAAUGCCUUCGCAAGGAGCUAUCCGAUGCCAUAGGAUGCCGGCAAUGAGAUGUUGGGUUUCGUUAAGCCUUGUGUAUAUGGUAGCAUAGAGCAAGGAGAUA